GUCUCUGCCAGCUCCAUGUCCAUCAUGGUGACCAAAGUGCUGCGGCUGUUUGUGAUCCCCCAGAUCAGCUACGCCUCCACGGCCCCCGAGCUGUCGGACCCCGGGCGUUACGAGUUCUUCUCGCGGGUGGUGCCGCCGGACUCGUACCAGGCUCAGGCCAUGGUGGCCGUGGUGCGGGCGCUGGGCUGGAGCUACGUCAGCACGCUGGCCUCCGAGGGCAACUACGGCGAGAGCGGCGUCGAGGCCUUCGUGCAGAGCUCCCGCGAGGCCGGGGGCCUGUGCAUCGCCCAGUCCAUCAAGAUCCCGCGGGAGCCGAAGCCAGGGGAGUUUGCCAAGGUCAUCGGGCGCCUGAUGGAGACGUCGACCGCGCGCGGGGUCGUGCUCUUCGCCAACGAGGACGACAUCCGGCGGGUGCUGGAGGCCGCCACGCUGGCCAACCUCUCGGGCCACUUCUCGUGGGUGGGCUCGGACAGCUGGGGGGCCAAGAUGGCACCGGUGCAGGGCCUGGAGGAGGCGGCGCACGGGGCCAUCACCAUCCUGCCCAAACGGGCCUCGGUGCCCGGCCGGGAGCGCAUCGGGCGGGACUCGCCCUACGAGCAGGAGGGGAAGGUGCAGUUCGUCAUCGACGCCGUGCUGGCCAUGGCCCACGGGCUGCACUCGCUGCUGGGCGAGGCCUGCCCGGGCGGGGGGCUCUGUGCCCACAUGGACCCCCCCGACGGGCGCCGCCUGCUCACCCACAUCCGCAGGGUGGCCUUCAACGGCAGCGCAGGGACACCGGUGUCCUUCAACGAGAACGGGGAUGCCCCCGGGCGCUACGACAUCUUCCAGUUCCAGGGGGGCAAUGGCACCGGGGCCUACCGGGCUGUGGGGCAGUGGGUGCAGGGGCUGCACCUGCAGGAGGACGCCAUGGCCUGGGGCUCCAACUCGUCGUCGCCGCCGCCCUCGGUGUGCAGCCUGCCGUGCGGCCCCGGCGAGCGCAAGAAGCCGGUGAAGGGGGUUCCGUGCUGCUGGCACUGUGAGCUCUGCGGGGGCUACCAGUACCGGGCCGACCUGCUCACCUGCCUGCCCUGUGCCCCCCACCUGCGCCCCACGCCCAACCGCACCGCCUGCCGCCCCACGCCCGUGCUGCGCCUGAGCUGGGGCGACCCCUGCGCCGCCGUCCCGCUGGCCCUGGCCACGCUGGGGCUGAUGGCCACCGCCUUCGUGCUGGCCACCUUCGUGCGGCACCACGAGACGCCGAUCGUCAAAGCGUCGGGGCGCGAGCUGAGCUACGUCCUGCUGGCCGGCAUCGCCCUGGUCUACGCCAUCACCUUCCUCAUGGUGGCCGAGCCCGGCGUGGGGGUCUGCGCCCUGCGGCGACUCUUCCUGGGCAUGGGCAUGAGCCUGACCUACGCCGCGCUGCUGACCAAGACCAACCGCAUCUACCGCAUCUUCGAGCAGGGGAAGCGCUCGGUGACGCCGCCGCGCUUCAUCAGCCCCACCUCGCAGCUGGUCAUCACCUUCACGCUCAGCGGGCUGCAGCUGGUGGCCGCGGCCACCUGGCUGCUGGUCCGGCCACCCCACGCCCUCAUCGACUACGAGAUGGGCCGGACCCCCGACCCCGAGGCGGCGCGGGGGGUCCUGCGCUGCGACAUGGCCGAGGGGGCCACGCUGGCCUGCCUGGCCUACGCCCUGCUGCUGAUGCUCACCUGCACCGUGUACGCCGUCAAAGCGCGCGGCGUCCCCGAGAACUUCAACGAGGCCAAGCCCAUCGGCUUCGCCAUGUACACCACCUGCGUGGUGUGGCUCGCCUUCGGGCCCAUCUUCUUCGGAGCCGCCCAGUCGGCAGAGAGGGUGCACGUGCAGACGGCCACGCUGACGGUGUCCAUGUCGCUGUCGGCCUCGGUGCCGCUGGGGCUCCUCUACGCCCCCAAGGUCUACGUGAUCCUGCUGCACCCCGAGCGCAACCAGCCCAAGCGUAAAAGAGCACUGAAAACAAACUGGUCUAUAGUGGGAGGCUCUGAGAGCACUGAAGGAUGGUAG